AUGAUAGAGAGGAAGAGCAGGUUGGGGCAUUGAAUUGAACAACAACAGUACUUGUCUCCCGAACCUCAAAACAAAACCCUCUUCUCCAAAGUACACACAACACAACACAGCAUAACACAAAUCUCUCUCUGUCUCCAAAGCUAACUCAGUUUAAGCCAUGGACGACGACGACGAAUUCGGAGAUUUAUACACCGAUGUUCUCCGUCCUUUUGCCACAGAAUCAACACCCCCCUCUUCUGUUAUUCACACCUCCCCUCCACCCCCUUCUUCCAUCGAUCUCAAUCAGAUCCCCUGCGCCACAUCCCACUCUAUCCACGAUACACCUCAUCAAAUCGAUCCUCCUGAAACCGCCCCAACACAAGAUGACCCGCCUGUUGAAAUUGAAAAGGAACCUGAAUCGGCCGACGGCCUUAGGGUUCUUCUUGAACCGCCGGAUUCGAAACCGGUCGCGGUUGAGGUUGUUGUUGAAGGCAACGAUCCGAUGGAUCAAGAUGAUGUUAAAUUUGACAUAGAGGAAGAGAACGAAGAAGGUGGAGGCACAGAGCCGCUGAUUCCGGGAUUAUCUGGAGGAGGAGGUGGUGGUGGUGGGAAUGAUGAUGAUUGGGACAGUGACAGUGAUGAUGAUUUACAGAUAGUGUUGAAUGAUGAUAAUCACAUGGCCAUGGCGAUGGAAAAAGGUGGGGUUGUGGGUGACGAUGACGACGAAGAUGAUGAUGAAGAUGGUGGCCUUGUCAUUGUAGCUGGUGAGCCUAAUCAGGGUUUGGAAGACCAAGAGUGGGGGGAAAGUGCCAAUAUUCCGGUGGAUGGUGAGAGAAAGGAUGCCGUGGAACCGGGGAAGCCAGUCGCGGGUCCUGCUGCUGGUGGCAUUCCUGUUGUUCCUAAAGUUGGUUAUGGUAAUCAUGCUCAUGGGUAUCAUCCAUUUCAUUCCCAGUUUAAGUAUAUUAGGCCUGGUGCGACAACAAUACCCGGAGCUCCUGGUGCUGCUCAAGGAGGUCCUCCUGGUCAGAUUCGUCCACUUGCUAACAUGAUUGGUCGGGGUAGAGGAGAUUGGAGACCACCUGGAAUAAAAGGGGCUAUUGGUAUGCAAAAAGGUUUUCAUACAGGUCCUGGACAACCUAGUUGGGGAAACAAUGCUGCAGGGCGGGGUUUUGGUGGUGGAUUGGAAUUCACUCUUCCUUCUCACAAGACUAUAUUUGAUGUCGAUAUUGAGAGUUUUGAGGAGAAAUUGUGGAAAUAUCCAAAUGUUGAUGCAUCAGAUUUUUUCAACUUUGGUUUGAAUGAAGAGACCUGGAAAGAUUAUUGUAAACAGCUGGAGCAACUACGCCUGGAGUCUACAAUGCAAAGCAAGAUCCGUGUUUACGAGAGUGGUCGAACAGAGCACGAUUAUGAUCCAGAUUUGCCCCCUGAAUUGGCUGCAGCUACUGGUUUACACGACGGUGCUGUUGAAAAUGCAAAUUCUGUAAAAUCCGAUGUGGGACAAAGUGAUGUUAUGAAAGGUUCUGGACGCAUGCGACCGCCGAUGCCAACUGGUAGAGCAAUACAGGUGGAAGGUGGCUAUGGAGAACGUCUUCCUACCAUUGAUACCCGUCCUCCUCGAUUGCGUGAUUCAGAUGCAAUAAUUGAGAUUGUUUUACAGGGUGCCGAAGAUGAUGAUUCCUCUGUGGGAAUAGGUGUCCAAGAUCAAUCAGAGGAUGGAGAACCCCAGAGAGAGAGUUUUAGAGAAGACGUUGAAGCUGGAGAUGAACCAAGUUUGGAGCCUGAGUAUUCUGAUGGUAUUCCACAGGAUUAUAACCGACGAAAGAAAGAGCAUGCAGGAAGAAAAAUGCCAUUUGCGACUUCUGUUUCUUCUAAUGUAGCUAAUGAAGAUGAAAGCUUGUUCGUCUCACAGGAUGAGCCAAUUGAAUACUCUGGUUCAAGGGGCCAAAAUCCCAGGUCUUAUGGUGGCAAUUCCAGCUCUUCUCAAGAGGAAAGGAAAAUGCAAAAAACAGUGCGUAGUCAAUCUCCUAUUAGUCCUAUCCGAAAACUGAAUACAGAUGACAAUAAAAAAGAAGAUUCAGUUGAAAGCAUGGAAGUCAAAGAUACCACACUUUCGUCUUCUCCUGUCAUUGAGGAUGUAAAACAGUCCAGUUUGGAGGACAAAGAUGGCGAGCUUGAGGAUACUGGGACCGCUGAUGGAAGUCCUAGAUUGGGAAAGAAAGAAACCGAUUUAAAUGCAGUAGACAAGGUUGAUGUCCUCAAGGAUGGGAUAGAUAAGAAACAGAAUUUGACAUCUCAAGUUGAGCAACCUUUGCUCGAUGAAAGUGAUGAUUGGGAGGACAUAAAAGCUGCCAGAAGCAGCGAUAACAGCAAAGCAAGAUCAGCAAGCAGCAGAGAUAAUCAGAAGCGACGAGAGGGUCUUGAUGAAGAAGUAGUCCAGGAUCCACGAUCAACACGUCUGGCUAGCAUCAGACAACACCCUGAUGAAAAUGAGCAGGGAUUCUAUAGAAAAGAGCAUGAUGGAAAGCAAGAUCCCGAAAGAAAUCACAUGGUACUUAGAGGUAGAGAGGGAUCAUACCCUUACAAGGACCGGCAUCGUAGCUUGGCCCAUCAAUUGCAUACAAAUACUGACGGAUUUGAUAGGCAAAAAGAUAGGGACAGUUCUGACAUGGAUUGGGCAAGGAGAGAUGAUGAUGUCUAUAACAGAAAGGUUAGAACUAAUGAACCUAGAAAGAGGGAUAGGGCUAAGCUUCGAGAAAAUGAGAGAAACGACAAAGAAGAUAGCUUUCACUCUAGAAAGCAGUUGGAUAAUGGUAGCUACAGGAUUCCUUAUGAAAAGGAUGUUGGUUCACGAGACUCAAGACACAGGGAAAGAGAUGAGGGCGUGAGGGUUAGGUACGAAGCUGUGGAGGAUUACCAUAUCAAGAGGAGAAAGGACGAGGAGUAUCUUAGGAGGGAACAUAUGGACAAAGAAGAAAUUCCACAUGGCUACAGAGAAAAUGCUAGUCGGCGUAGACGAGAAAGAGAUGAGGUACAAAGAAGUAGAGAUUACCCUGAUGAUCAGUACACCAAUAGGCAGAAAGAUGAUGCCUGGCUAAUGCAGGAGAGGGGCGAUAGGCAAAGAGAUAGGGAGGAGUGGCAUCGGUUGAAACUGUCCCAUGAUGGACCCCUACCCAAGCGUGAAAGAGAAGAAGGAAGGAGUUCUGGAAGAAAUGUACGAGGGGCUGAAGAAAAAGCAUGGGUUGGCCGUGUUAGUGCUAAAGAUGAACAUAAACUUUCUGAGAAAGAUUACCAAUCUAGGGAAUCAGUUCGACACAAUGACCAACUAAAGAGAAGGGAUCGGAUUCCAGAAGAAAGUUCACAUCAUAAGGGGCGGGAUGAUGCUUAUUCCCGUGGAAAUCAAUAUACUGCUGAAGAAAGGCGAUCUAGGCAGGAAAGGUCAAGUAGUCGUAGUGAUCGUGUUGCUAAUGCUUCAGAUAACCAAAGACUUCACGAGAGGAAACACAAAGAGGGCUCAAGGAAAAGCAAAGAGCGUGAUAUUAGUGACCUCAAUAGUUUAGGUCUGUCCAAGAAAAGUCUAGAAAAUCCAAAUGGUCCAUCGAAUGAGAAGUUAGUUUCUAUUGUGAAGGGCUUGAAAGAAUCUGGUGAUCAAGAACGUGCUGAGCAUGAAAUCCCAGGGCAUCGCCUGUCCAGGAAACACCAGGACGGCAUUUCCUCCGAUGAUGAACAGCAAGAUUCUUACAGAGGACGUUCUAAACUGGAGCGCUGGACAAGCCAUAAGGAAAGAGAUUUCAGUAUAAACAAGCCCUCCUCUUCCUUGAAGUUCAAAGACAUUGAUAAGAAUAAUAAUGGUGGGUCUUCUGAAGCAGGGAAACCUGUGGAUGAAUCUGCCAAAACAGUUGAUUUGGAUAACCAACAACCCUUGAUGCCUGAAGCAAGGGAUUCUGUAGACACGGAGAGCAGGGAUGGUGAUUCCAAGGAAUCAGGGGAUCGGCACCUGGACACAGUUGAGAGGCUGAAGAAACGGAGUGAGCGGUUCAAGCUCCCAAUGCCAAGUGAAAAAGAAACCCUGGUUAUCAAGAAGCUAGAGACUGAACCUUUGCCUUCUGCCAAAACUGAAAAUCCAGUGGAGUCAGAGGUCAAACAAGAGCGACCUCCCAGAAAAAGGAGAUGGAUCAGUAACUAAAUGAAUUCUGGUGGUCUAGUUUAAUGAAGGAAAAUCUGAUAUCGUCUAGCUUUUGGGAAAUUACACUUAGGCUGAUGCUUUUAAAGUCUAGAACUAGAAUCCUUGCAAGGGUUUGAGAUAUAUUUUGUACUGUUAUGUUAAACUGUAACCACACUACCUAUAAAUUUAUUGUACACUGUAUAUACACGUAAAAUGUAAAACAUUAACUGGUUAUUACAGGUGACACAUAUUUUGGGUGUCAAAAUGUAGCUCUUACCUGGAUGAUCUGGGUUAUGAGCAGCUAGUGGCAUUGUGUCUUGAACGUGACCAAGGUUGGAUGUAUAACAUUGUAGCUGGUGGUGACAUAGAGCCUGAUACUGGCACUUUCCUCUUGUGGCAUAAGGGUGUUCAAGCUCUUGGUAAGUGAGAAACAUCUCGAAGGGCAACGGUCGAAAGAGAUGCUGAUUGCUUCCCGGCUGUGUUAUUUUUAAUCAAAUUGUAGAUGCCAUGGAUUACUUUUCUUUGUUGUAGACUAAAAGCAAGUACUGAUUACUCAUUUUUCCUAUCUUUUAUACUUUUUUACGCGGGAAUCAUGAAACUGAAGUGACGAGCCUUUGUUGUAUCUAGAUAGAUAGAUAGAUAUCAAAUCACAUGUAGUUAGAUUAGGAAUUACAAAAAUAAUAAAUGAAGUUUGAUGCAUAAUUUUUGACCA